GGGGGGGGGUGGUGGCAUUAUUCAAUCCAUAACACUGUGUAACAAUUAUCACAAACUUGGUGGCUUAAAACAGUACACAUUUAUUACCUCACAUUUUCUGUGGGUCAGGCUCAACUGGGUCCUCUGCUUCAGGAUCUCACAAGGCUGCAAUCAGGGUGUCAGCCAAGCUGGUUGAGUUGCUGACAAGAUUAAGAUCCUUGUGGUUGUAGGACUAAAGGCCUCAUUUUCCUGCUGGUUAUCAGGUGGAGACCACCCUCAGCAACUAGAGGCUGCCUGCAGUUCCGUACCCCGUGGGCCUUCCCGACGUGGCAGCUUGCUUUCUCAAAGUUAGCAAGGGUCUGAGAGACUCCAGCUAGACAUCCAUCCAUCCCCUUUGCUGUAUUCUAUUGGUUAGAAGCAAGUCACAGUCCUGCCCAUACCCAAGAGGAGGGAACUACAAAAGGCUGUCAACCCCAGGAAGCAGGAGUCAUAGGGCCAUAGGUCCCAACCCUCUAUUUCUGCUCAUGUUGCUCUUUCUGUCUGGAAAGCUCUCUUCCUAUAUUUCAAGACCCAGCUUCCUUGCUCCCUCCCAAUGUUUCCUGAGCACCUACUCCAUGCCAGCCCUUGGGCUGUCUUCUGGGGAUAACAAAACAAAUAAUAAAGUCCAGCCCAUUGAGUUUUCCAUUUCCAAGAAUCUCUCCCCCAUCGCCCGUAAUUCCCAGGUUGUAUGUUCAAUAUGGAGUCCCUGGGUGCUGCAAAUGGUUAAUGUGCUUGGCUCCUAACUGAGAGUUUGAAAGUUCGAGUCCGUCCAGAGGUACCUCGGGAGAAAGGCCUAGUGAUCUACUUCUGAAAAGUCAGCCAUUGAAAACUCUAUGGAACACGAUCUGACUCAGUGGCAACUGGUUUAUGUUUAACAUGAGGGCAGUGGUGGUUCAGUGGUGGAAGUCUCACCUUCCAGGUGAGAGACCUGGGUAGAUUCCUGGUCGAGGAGCCUCAUGCGUAGCCACCACCCACAUGUCAGUUUUGCUGUAACGCCAAAAAGAUUUUAGUGGAGCUUCCGAACUAAGACAGACUAGGCAGAAAGGCCUGCUGACCUGCUCCUGAAAAUCAGUCGAUAAGAACCCCGUGAAAUCACAAUGGCCCGGUCCCAGCUGGUCAUGGGGGUGGCACAGGACUGGGCAGCGUUUUAGUCCCAUGUGCGUAGGGUUGCCACGAAUGGGCGGCUGACUCUACGGCACCCAACGACAACAUGUCCAAUGUGGUGCUUGUCUCAUCAUCCGCUGCAAUAAUAUUUGUGUGAGUAGCUCUCUGUCAUCGGGUCCAGACUUUUGUGUUCUCAGCCUCUGCAAGGGUAGGGCUGAUUCUGAGGCAGGGUCAGGGCUUGGUAUUGAGCCAAGAGUAGAGCUCUGAGGACAUGUUAGAAAGGACUGGGCGUUUUUUAGGUUGAUCAAUGGAAAUCGAUCAAUUUGUUUUCAGAAACUGGCACACACAUGUCUUUUCAGAAGGAGUUGUGAGUGCAAAUCUUUUGAGAGCCUGGUUCUUCCCAUGAAGUAAGGUGGUUGCUACCUGCACCGGGUCUGGAGGUAACAGCUGACAGCAGGGGUUUAUUUUUCAUAAUCAGCAAAGCCUCUCUGCUCACUGGGAUAAAAGAAGGAAAUGGUCGUUAUUCAGGGGCUGCUCAGCCCCAUUCCCCUUUUUUUGGCUCAGAAUGUAGUUGUAGUUGUUAGCUGCGGUGGAGUCCACCUCCAGCUCACGGCGACCUCACGUGCAAUGGAACGAAAUGCCAUCCCCAUGACUGACUGCCACUGGGAACGUUGUGAUCCAUAGGGUUUUUAUUGGCUAAUGUUUUGGGAAGUAGAUUGCCAGGCCUUUCAUGCUGGUUUCUCUUAGUCUAGAAGCUCCAUUGAAACAUGUCCAGGAUCAUAGUAACAGGCAAGCCUCUACUGACAGAUGGGUGGUAGCUGUGGUUGAGGUGCAUUGGCCAGGAAUUGAACCCCAGGAGUCCCACACAGAAAGUGAAAAUUCUACCACUGAACCACCAAAUCCCCCUGGCUCAGAAUAGGGGUGCACAAUUCCUGUUGGACCAGGUCUUCAGAGGUAAAGGGGCCAGGUCUAGUGGUGGAAUUCCAGGACUUCCCAAGAAGUGGGCAGCUGGCCCAGUUUUCCCCAUGGCAUGAGAGUAAGCAGAGCUUAGGCAGAGCAGUGACCUUCAGACCCUCUGCUGGGGGUUACUUACUGAGUGCUGAGGAAGGUCUAGGCCAAGCCCUGGGCUGUGUGUGUGUCCAUUAUAUUUGGUAAAGAAUCUGAGGCCAGGAGAGGGGAAAGGACCUGGGAAGGUCACAUAGUGAGUGUGGACAGACCGUUCCCACCGGGGACAAUUGAACCCCUGGGGGAGCUCAGUCCCAUCCCACUCCCGGUCUGUGAGGUUGCAGUCUUCAGGCCCCACGUGUGAAUGUCUCCUUUUUGCACCAUCCUUGGGCAGUGGGAUGCUGCUGAGAGAUGGGCAGCUCCAGGACAGAGGAGCGGUUACCUGGAAGUUGCCAGGUAUCUGUGCUUGGGGGAGGGCUAGGAGCUUCAGGUCCCUGGAAGUCACCUAGUGGUUUGGGGGAGGGGUUUAAUCACCCCCCCCCCACCUUUGGAGGCAGACGCCUGGGGAGCCAAAAGAUGGCAUACCUGUUACAGCUAAGAGUCAGUCCCCAAAUUGGACAGCCCGAGAAAUUGUCUGCCUGCCUCUGAGAAAGCUUAAGUCAGAGAGGACAAAGAAGAUCCCAAAGUCACACUGCUCACAGAGUGAGGCUGGACUAGAACGCAGGGUUCUUUGCUCCCUGGCUUCUCUGGAGGUACAGGAGCCCAGGACAUACGCACCUGCCCCUGACUCCCACAAGCAGGCCUCUCCCUGCUGCUGCUGAAGUCAGAGUAGGGUGCUUUUGGGUGACCCCAUGUUCUGCUUAACGGGGCUAUCGCUUAAGCUAUAAGUGGACUUGAGCCCCACAAAAUCUUGCUGCCCUGAAAGGUGGCUAAUCUGUGUUUGAGGAGGUGGCCAAGGGCCUUCCAUCAGCUCUUGGAAUAUGACUGUUUCCUCCCCUGCGAAGCAUGGUAGCUCCUUCCAGGACCCCCCACAUGUUGGAAAGUAGCCAGCUCCUGUUCUCCUCCCAGGGCCAUAGGCUGAGGCCUGGAUUGUCCUCACUGGACAAUGGGCACAUGCCCCAACCUGCCCUGACAUCCAGCACCACCCACUUCUCUCUCUCUCACCCACACCCACACCCGGCUUGAGUUGCAUAACUUCUCUUCCUUGGAGCCUGAGGGAACUGGCUAGAAGCUAGAAGCAACAGGAUUGAUUCAGAGGACCCGGUGACCCUGUGAUCUUGUAGGAAUUAUCUGUGACUCCGUCUGCUUACCUGACCACUCAUGCCCUCAGCUGUGAGGAGCCUUGAGAAGAUGAAAGCAUCUGUGGUUCUCUCCCUCCUCAGUUACCUGGUGGUGCCAAGUGACGCUCGGGUCUUAGGGCGCUGCAGGGUGGCUAAGAAGCUCCAGGAAGGAGGCCUGAGUGACUUUGAUGGCUACAGCCUUGAAAACUGGGUGUGCCUGGCUUACUUUGAGAGCAAGUUCAACCCCUCAGCUGUCUAUGACAACUUGCGUGGUGACUACACUGGCUAUGGCCUCUUCCAGAUCCGGAACAAUGACUGGUGUGACCACGGCAAGAACCGCUGCCACGUGUCAUGCUCUGCUCUACUGAAUCCAGAUUUAAAGAAGACAAUUGAAUGUGCCAAGAAAAUUGUACAAGGAAAAGAUGGGAUGGGAGCAUGGCCUUCCUGGACCCUGAACUGCCAGAACUCCGACACGCUGGCACGGUGGUUGGAUGGAUGCAUUCUGUAGCUGCCUGCGUGGGCCCACAGCACUCACCAGUCACAUCUUCUGAAUGAAGAUGCUUUUCUCUCUGCAUCCUUCACCAAAACCUGUUGGUUAUCUCACUUUCUGACAGCUCCAAAAGGAAAAGGACAAAAGUGUGCUUCAUCUAGGGAUGCAGAAUAAAUCAACCAGUUACUCAACCUGGGCCCAAGGUCUCCAUUUGUGCCACUAUAUUAUGAUUGUUUCAUUACCAUUAGUGUCAUGACUUAUUAUUAAAUCUCAGAUGGUGGAGAAGAUUUGAGGGAAGGAAAGUAUUUGGUUAACAAGAUGUUCCCAUGAAUGUCAAUAGGGAAAGAAAGACAGGGUGCCAUAGAAGGAGAGGAAUCAGAAGAGGAGAGGCUGGCACAGCAGGGCCUCCAGGCCCAAGGUUGGGACUGUCCUAUGUUGGGACACACAGGUGGAAGUGAGCAGACACAAAAUCAUCUUUGCAUUUCUAUGGAGGGAACCAAGUGACAGUACUCUUUUGCUUUAAAAGUUACGUUUUCAAAAUUAUAAAUAACACAUUGUCUUAGUUUUUUAGCUCUGCCAAGUAAAAAUUACCGCAAGUGGAUGGCUUUAAAUAACAGAGUUUAUUGUUCCACAGUUUGGAGGCUAGUGGUCCAAAUUAGGGACUCAGGUCUAGGGGAUAGUCCUUCCUUGUUAGUAGCCGUGGGUGUUCCUUGGUUUCUUGGCUUGUACAUGGAUCUUCACAUGGUCUCUUCUUCUCUGAGUCCAUUCUGCUCCUUUUACAAGACAUCACCUAGAAGUGAUUAGGUUUAGGACCCACCCUACUCUGGUAUGACCUCAUUAACAUAACAAAAGCCCUCUAUUUCCCAAUAGGGUCAUAUUUACAGGUACAGGGGUUAGGACUUCCAUAACUCAAUACUCACAUUAGAGAAAUUUUGAAAAGCACAGAAAGGUAAAAAAGGAGAAGAGUCUUCCCAUGGUCUCAGCACCUAAAGACAACUGCUGUUAUACUUUGGUCUCAUUUCCUUCUGGUCUGUUUUCUGUGUAGGGGUUUUUCAUUCGCUCUCCACAGUGCUGUGAUGAUGCUAUAGACAGAGCUUUAUACAUUGCUUUCUAUUGGAAGAAAAAAUUCCAUGGUAAUAAACAUUUCACCUGCAUGUAUUCCAAUUUUGAGGGGGAAAGGGUUUGUUUCUAAAGCUUAGUGGCUUACAGAAUCCUUGUGUGGGAUGGAGCAGCAGGUGUCAGCCUGGACUUCCAGGACACACCUGCCUGAGACCCAGGAGUGGAAACGGCAUAGAGGUAGCUGCUUGUCAGAAGCCAGGUCACCUGUGGAAACCCAAGCCAUGAAGAAGUUUGGAAAACCAUAGUCCUUAGCUUUCUAUCCCCUUGUCCAAGGAAGGAAAGAACUGAUGUCAAGCAAGUCUGUCUGCAACAUCUGCCACCUCAUGAUGUUAUUAACUAGUAACCAGUUGCUGUCAAGUCGAUCCCAACUCAUGGUGACCCCAUGUGUGUCAGAGUAGAACUGUGCUCCACAGGGUUUUCAAUGGCUGAUUUUUCAGAAGUUGAUUGACAGGGCUUUUUUCUGAGGUGACUCUAGGUGAACUCGAACCUCUAGUGUUUUGGUUAACAGCCAAGCAUGCUAAUGGUUUGCACCUUCACAAUGAGGUUUUAGUACCAGUCUUGUUCCAUUAUAUGAAUGUACCAUGUUUUAUUUAAAUUUUUCCCUACUGUUAGAUUUUGAGGUAUUGCCUGUUUUUAACCGUUACAGGGAAUGCUGUACUGCCCUUUUUUGGGGGAUUGUCCUUCUUGUCAUCUUUUACAUUUUUAAAAUUAAACAAACCGUAUAUAUUUAAUGAAGAAAACUUAGAGGGUAUAGAUAGUCACAAAGAAGGAAAUUAAAAAUAUUCAUCACCCAUCCCUCCCACUGAGAGCAGAAGCUUCUAUCACUGCUGUGCAGAGAGAGUUGAGAGAGCCCCGAUCCAGGCAUCAUUAGUGUUGAUGGUUUGGUGUGUGUCCUGCCCUACUUCAGGGUGUGUGUGUGCACAUGUUUUUUCCUUAUAAAUGUGGACUACUUUUUAUGUACCGUUUUGUGUCUUGCUAUUUUUACUUAAUAUUUUGUGGUCUAAUAUUUCUGGGUCUAGGACAAGAAUCUCAGCACCAUUUUUUUUUUAUAAUUUUUAUUGAGCUUUAAGUGAAUGUUUACAAAUCAAGUCAGUCUGUCACAUAUAAACUUAUAUACACCUUACUCCAUACUCCCACUUACUCUCCCCCUAAUGAGUCAGCCCUUCCAGUCUCCUUUCAUGACAAUUUUGCCAGUUUCUAACCCUCUCUACCCUCCUAUCUCCCCUCCAGACAGGAGAUGCCAACACAGUCUCAAGUGUCCACCUGAUACAAGUAGCUCACUCUUUAUCAGCAUCUCUUUUCUACCCAUUGUCCAGUCCCUUCCAUGUCUGAUGAGUUGUCUUUGGGAAUGGUUCCUGUCCUGGGCCAACAGAAGGUUUGGGGACCAUGACCGCCGGGAUUCUUCUAGUCUCAGUCAGACGAUUAAGUCUGGUCUUUUUAUGAGAAUUUGGGGUCUGCAUCCCACUGAUCUCCUGCUCCCUCAGGGGUUCUCUGUUGUCAGCACCAUUUUUAAGGACUGCACAGUACCCCAUUACAUGGACAAACUAUACAGUAUAUAACCCUUUACUGUUACUUUUUUUAAUCCAGGGACAAAGUAAACAAGUUAAGCGAACAGUGGCCACUUUAAGGCAGGUAGGACCUAAAGCAAUGUUUACAACUUGGUUGUUUUUCAGAAAGGGGAAGAAAUGGCUGAAAGAAUUUCAGGGCAGAAAUUGUUGUCACAUUCAGCAAGUAGGGAAAGAGGACAGCCCUCAUUGGGUUUGCAUUACUUUCCCUCCUCUCUAAAGAACAUUGUGUUCGAUGUUUCCCAACUCCACAGCAUGAAUCGGGCAGUAACAUUUCUGCUGGCGUGGUGCUUGCUAUUGAGGUCGAUGACAAGGUUUUGAGACCAUAGAGCACCUUCCUUAUUGAGCUGGAACCCUGCUCUCUUUCUAAGGGUGGGCCUGGGUGUAAUAAUGCCCCUGACCUUAUCCUGACCUUAACCCAGACAUUAAUGACAACCUGCAGUUGAUUAAAACACUCUCCUCAAGUGCCAAACCCAGUGUGCUGCCGCCUCCUUCCAGCCCAUUACUUCUGCUGUGGCUCAUUGUCGUCUAAUGGCCACUUGUGUCAACAUGGGCAUGAGGCUUGAGGAUAAAGCAAAUGUUAGUGUAUUGAUUGAAACAUCCUCUCUAAGGUUUCCCAAUAUCAGCUCCUGGCUUUGUGUUCUCAAACUCACUGAUAAUGGCCCUUACAAUGAGCAAUCAUUCUGGGUCAGAUCUCCCUGAAUGAUCAAAGCUAGAUUAGGAAAUCUCAACAACAAUGACUCCUAUUAAUAUUAUUACUUCUAUUACCAGCAACUACCGUAUUGACUGUGACUUUAAGGACUAAAGUGCGCCUGAUCCAAGCCAUGACAUUUUCAGUGGCCUCAUAUGCAUGUGAAAGCUGGACAAUGAUAGAGAAAACUGAAGAAGAAUUGAGACCUUUGAAUUAUGGCAUUGGUAAAGAAUAUUGACUAUACCAUGGACUGCCAAAAGAACGAACAAGUCUGUCUUCGAAGAAGUACAGGCAGAAUGCUCCUUAGAAGCAAGGAUGGCAAGACUUCCUUUCAUGUAUUUUUAGACAUGUUAUCAGGAGGGACCAGUCCCUGAAGAAGAACACCAUGCUUGGCAAAAUAGAGGGUCAGUGAAAAAGAUGAGAUGGAAUGACACGGUGGCUGCAACAAUGGGUUUGAGCAUAACAACAAUUGUGAGGAUGGCACAGGACUGGGCAGUGUUUUGUUCUGUUAUACAUAAGGUCACUAUGAGUCGGAAAUGACUCGACGAUACCUAGCGACAGCAACAACACAACAACCAUAUUGACUCCAAUUUUAUAAAUUUUGCAUAUUGACCUUUACGUAUAAUAUUUCCAAACCUUGUAAAACAUUGUAAGGUAGAUAUAAAUUGUAAUUAUAGGUGGAGAGGCUAAAUAACUUGGCUUUAUUCUAGCCUGUUAAGUUAUGGAGAUGGGAUAGUUUUCUUCUCAAA